CCACCAUCAUGCCUUUCUCGAGCAGUAGCAUGAAGGAAGAAGGAGCUGCAGGUGAGGCCAUGGGAUUGAGCUCAGCUGAUCCCAGCUUGGAUCGGGAAGCCAAAGUUCUCAGGUACAAAGAGAAGAGAAAGAAGAGAAGAUAUGAGAAGCAAAUAAGGUACGCUUCUAGGAAAGCUUAUGCUGAAAUGAGGCCAAGGAUUAAGGGUAGAUUUGCAAAAACAGCAGAGUCAAGCCAGCCACAGUCAGCCUCAGCCUCCUCUUAUGGCAAUGAAAGGCUGGAUCUUGGUUGGUAAAAUAGUUAUUUACAAUUCUACAUUGGAAUUUAUUGUGCUUAAAUUGUUUAUAUACUCACAACAUCGAACCAAUAAUUCUUGUUUCUAAGGAUGAGAUAGGUGGAAAGUUGGAGCUUA